ACCGAAGCAGAGCAGAACAAAGGCAGAUUACAAAAUCAAACCAUUUAAUUGAAAACAUCUGAGUCAUUAGGUGCACAUCAAAAUGAUUGCUGCACUUUGUGGAGCUUUAUUGAUUUUGGCCUUGGAGCCCGGCACGUUAGCCAACGAGAAAUUCCAAUACGAAAUCAAAGAGUUUUCCGUGCCGCUGGAUCACUUCAGUUUCCUGAACAAUGCGAGCUUCAACAUACGUUAUCUGGCCAACGACUCCUAUGUGGACAAAAAGAAUCCGCAGCCCCCAAUAUUCUUCUACACGGGCAAUGAAGGCGACAUCGAGUGGUUUGCCCAGAACAGUGGCUUCGUCUGGGAGCUAGCGGCCCAGCAGCGGGCGCUGGUUAUUUUCGCCGAACAUCGCUACUACGGCAAGUCACUGCCGUAUGGAGCCGACACUUUCAAUACCAGUAAGCCCGAGCAUUUGGCAUACUUCACCGUGGAGCAGACCCUGGAGGAUUAUGCUCAGCUCAUUACCUAUUUGCGCAAUGGAAAACAAUUGCCCGUGGUGGUGUUUGGUGGUUCGUAUGGUGGCAUGCUGGCGGCCUGGUUUCGCAUGAAGUAUCCACACAUUGUGGUUGGCGCACUGGCCGCCUCGGCGCCCAUACUUCAAUUCUCCGGUCUGACGCCCUGUGACAUCUUCGACAAGAUUACCACCGCGGUGUUCGAAAACGCCUACAAUGCCAACUGCACCGCCAACAUCGGCAGAUCCUGGAAGGUCUUCGAGUCGAUGGCGGCCACAGAUGCCGGCAAGAAGCAACUGAGCGAUAUCUUCCAUGUCUGCGAUGCCAUCAAAAAUGCAGAUGAUCUGACAACGUUCAUGAGCUACCUGGAGGAGAUCUACGGCAACCUGGCCAUGGCCAAUUAUCCGUACAGCUCCACAUUUCUGUCGCCGCUACCCGCGAAUCCUGUGCGCCAGCUUUGCUUCUACCUAAAAGAUCUGCAUCAGAAUGACACAGAUCUGGUUGCCAGCAUGGCCAGCGCAUUGGCUGUCUACACGAACUACACGGGCAGCGUCAAGUGCCUGGACUACAAGGACUCGAAUGCCGGCGCCAGCUACGACGGCACGGGCUGGGAGAUACAGAGCUGCAAUCAGAUGGUCAUGCCAAUGUGCGCCAACAACAAUAACACCAUGUUCCGCACAAGCAACUGGGACUUCAAGAAGGUCUCGGACGACUGCUACAAGCAAUUCCAUCUCAUUCCUAGGCCCUACGACAUCGUGAUGCGCUAUGGUGGCCGCAAUCUGGAGGCGGCUAGCAACAUCAUCUUCAGCAAUGGUCUGCUCGAUCCCUGGAGCGGUGGCGGCGUCCUUCAGGCGCCGAACAAUCAAAUAAAUGUCAUUAUUUUGCCCGAGGGCGCCCACCACUUGGAUCUGCGCCAAAGCAAUCCACUGGAUCCGCCCUCGGUGACGGCUGCACGUCAGUUGGAGGCGAAGAUCAUAGCGCAAUGGAUCGCAGAUUUCUAAGACAGAUUUUCACUGU